AUGGAACGUUUAAUGGAACAUGAAAAUUCUUUAGACCACGUUAAAAAUUUCCUUGAAUGGAAAAUUUUUGAAAAAAAAUUAAAAAAUGGUGGAGCUAUUGAUGACUGUUUACAAAAUGAAAUAAGAUCACAAGAAGCAAAAUGGAGACACAUUUUAAAAGCAAUUUUGAAUGCAAUAUUGUACUGUGCCAUCAACAAUUUAGGAUUGAGGGGACAUUCAGACAUACCUGGGAGUCCAUCCGCAGGUCAUUUUCUUAAUUUGUUAAGUUUAAUAAGUAAAUAUGAUCUUAUAUUAAAAGAACACAUUGAAUCACAUAAAAAAAGUUCUAUAAAUUACUUUUCUCAUCAAAUUCAAGAUGAGUUUAUAGCUUUGUUGUCUAAAAGAGUUCGAAAUGAAAUCAUACAUCAAAUUAAAUCUGCUAAAUAUUAUACAAUAAUGUUUGAUUACACGCCAGAUGUGUCAAGAACAGAGCAAAUGAGUCAAGUUAUUAGAUACGUUCGUGUCACUGGUAGUAAAGUAAUUGUAGAAGAAAGUUUCUUAGGCUUUAUAGAAUCUCAUGAAAAAACUGGUAGUGGUUUGACUACUGAAAUAUUACAUCAGAUAUGUCAAGAUGGUUUGGAUAUUAAUAAUUGUAGGGGCCAAGCAUAUGACAACGGAUCAAAUAUGGCAGGGAAGUACAAUGGGGUUCAAGCAAAAAUUUUAGAAAAAAAUAACUUAGCAACAUUUAUACCUUGUACAGCACAUUGUUUAAAUUUAGCAGGUGUAAAUGCUGUAGAAUCAAAUAAACAAAUACAACUAUUGUUCGGUAAAAUUCAACAACUAUUUAAUUUUUUUUCUGGUUCUACUUUACGUUGGGAAAUAUUGAUGAAAUCAUUGAAAGUAACUUUUAAACCAUUUUCCGAUACUAGAUGGUCCUCUAAAGCUGCUGCAGUAAAAGCCCUUUACAAACAAUUACCUGAAGUGAAAUGUGCUUUGAUUAAUAUUAUUGAAAAUGGAAAUCUUGAUUCAAAACCUAUUGCGAAAAAUUUACUUAAUUAA